AUGCCAUUUAUCGACCACGCCAACGGCAUGGGAGACUACGCAGACGAAGCCAGGGAGCUAUGGCGGCCUGCCAACCCUGAAGCAACUAGUAUUCACGAGUUCAAGACCAUUGUGGCAUCCAAGCAUGAUAUCGCCCUCAGUACAUAUCACGACCUCUGGCAGUGGAGUGUUGAUGAGCCGAACAAGUUCUGGGAGGAAGUGUGGAAUUACACCGGCGUCAAGGCCCAUCGGAGCUACGACAAGGUCAGCGAGGAUGUUGGACUCCUUUUCCCCAAACGGCCUUUCUUCGACGGAUGUCUGAUCAAUUUCGCCGAGAACCUUCUCUUCCCUUCUAGCAACCCGCAUGAGCACGCAGUCGCUGUGAUUGCUGCCACGGAGUCUACCCGGGAGCAUAUUUCAUGGAAGGACCUGCGCGAGAGAGUUCGGCUGUGCGCUACCUCCAUGCGCGAAGCCGGUGUGGUCAAGGGAGACCGUGUCGCUGGUUUCGUUGGUAACCAUCCGAAUACCCUGAUUGCCAUGUUGGCUACCACUUCAAUUGGAGCGUUGUGGAGCGGUGUCUCCACGGACACUGGCGUGCAUGCUGUCCUUGAACGAUUGCGCCAGAUUGAGCCCAAACUGCUUUUUGCUGACAACGCCGCACAGUACAACGGCAAGGUCCAUGACACACGUGCCAAAGUCAUGGAGGUCGCUGCUAGUUUGCCAUGUCUGCAGCUUGUCGUCGUCUUCGAUGCUGUAAGAGACCAUGCUUUUGAUAUUCAGUCAGUCAAGCCACCAAGCGGCACCAGCAUCUCUUAUGCCGAUUUCCUCGCCCCCGCUAGAGCAUCCAAUGCUCCGCUGCGAUUCGAAUAUCUUCCUCCGGAUCACCCAAUCUACAUUCUCUACUCUUCCGGCACCACUGGUGCACCCAAACCUAUCGUCCAUGGAGCCCUUGGCACACUUCUCCAGCAUAAGAAGGAACAUGUCCUUCACUGUGACAUUGGUCUUGGUGACAGACUGUUUUAUUUCACCACUACAACUUGGAUGAUGUGGCAUUGGCUUGUGUCCGCACUGGCCAGUGGGUCUAGCAUUGUCCUCUACGAUGGCUCACCUUUCCGCCCGCUGGACCCGGAGAAUGGAAAGGGGGACAUGGCCAUGGCUCGAUUGAUCGAUGAAUUGCACAUCACCCAUUUUGGGACUUCUGCAAAGUAUCUUUCUGUGUUGGAACAGGCUGCGUUGAACCCGCGAAAGCAUCCCCAUAGGCCCGUGACAUUGCGAACACUCCGAGCGAUUUUCAGCACUGGAUCCCCAUUAGCUCCUUCAACCUUUGAUUACGUAUACUCUUCUCUUCACGAAGAUGUCCUCCUUGGAUCCAUUACUGGCGGCACAGAUAUCAUCUCUCUUUUCGGAGCUUCCUGUCCGAUCCUCCCCGUGCACAGAGGGGAGAUUCAAUGUCGUGGAUUAGGCAUGGCCGUGUCGGUGUUUGACCAUGCCGGAGCCGACAUCAGCAAGGCAGAUGACGCUGGAGAUCUUGUAUGCACGAAAGCAUUCCCUGCGCAACCCGUUAUGUUCUGGCCACCAGGCCCUGUAGGCGAAGCAAAAUACCGAUCAAGCUACUUUGAAACCUAUGGGGAUCACGUCUGGCACCAUGGGGAUUUCGUAAAAAUCAAUCCCAUCACCGGAGGUUUGGUCAUGCUGGGACGAAGCGAUGGGGUACUAAAGCCCGCGGGCGUGAGAUUCGGAAGCGCAGAGAUCUAUAACGUGAUCCUGAAGCAUUUUGCAGAUGUGAUCGAGGACUCGUUGUGCAUUGGACGGCGACGGAACGGCAUUGAAACUGACGAAACAGUUGUUUUGUUCGUCAAGCUAAACAGCACAUCCUCAUCGUCUUCCGGCGUUUCUACUCCCACUGGGGUCGUCAAGGAGCCACAGUCGCUGCCAGCGGGCCUUGCAACACUCAUCCAGUCGGUGAUCCGCAAGGAAUUGAGUCCUCGCCAUGUUCCUGCGAUUAUCGACUCUUGCCCCGAGAUCCCGGUGACUUCGAACGGCAAGAAGAUUGAGAAUGCGGUGAAGCAGAUCCUCUGUGGACUGAACAUCAAGACGGGAGCGAGUGUCGCCAACGCGGCCUGUCUGGAGUGGUAUCGCAAGUGGGCGGAAGAACAUUAA